UACUCUCAUCAUCUCUUAUUAUUAUAUUAUUUUUUGAAAAAUCAUCUCUUAUUUUCGUUUUCGUUAUUAUACACUCUUCUUCUCCCUCAUUCUCAAUCCUUCAACAACUCUCAUAUUACAGUUCCAAUGAUCAGUAACGCUCUGUUAGCCAUCUGUAUUCUCGUUUCCGCUGCUGUCCUAGCAGAAGCAACGGCAGCAUACAAGCCUACCGAUCUCUUUCUCAUCAAUUGUGGUUCUACCUCCGACACCACAGACUCUCAAAGCCAAACUUGGACGUCGGAUCAGAAGCAGCUUCUGACGUCGAACUUGGAGAAUGUUUCGUUGUCUUCAGAUGCAACGUACCAGGAAGAUGUUCCUCAAGUGCCCUACAUGACGGCUCGCAUAUUCCCAUCCAACGUCAACUACAGUUUUCCGGUCUCUCCCGGCUGGAAAUAUCUCCGGUUGUACUUUUACCCGACCCGGUACGAAUCUGGUUUUGACGCCGCAAGUUCCUUCUUCUCCGUCACAGUUAACGGUUUCACUCUCUUGAAGAACUUCAGCGCCGACUUAACGGUGAAGGCUUCCAAAUCGAAAUCCUUAAUCAAAGAGUUUAUCGUUCCGGUUAACAACACUCUGAAUCUCACGUUCACGCCGUCCCCAAGUUCGUUAGCUUUCGUUAACGGCAUAGAGAUUGUCUCCAUGCCUGACCGGUUUUACUCAAAAGGAGGAUUCGACAAUAUGAUAACGAACGUUGGUAGUACCAUUGACUUCAAGAUAGACAACACGACGGCUUUGGAGACUGUUCACCGGAUAAACGUUGGCGGGCAAAUGGUGGACGAGGUUCGUGACACUGGAAUGCUCCGGCGGUGGCUUCCCGAUGAUGAUGUCAUACUUAGUGAGAAUUCAGGAAUCAAACCGGAUGUACCGGGUGUGAAGAUAAACUACACAGAGGAGACUCCUCCUUAUGUUGCGCCUGAAGAUGUGUACAAGACGUAUCGUAUGAUGGGGAACGUCAACAACCCUGAAAUCAACCUGAACUUCAAUCUGAGGUGGCUCUUCAAAGUUGAUGCUGGGUUUCUAUACCUAGUCAGGCUUCAUUUUUGUGAGACUGUACCUGACGUCAACGGACCUGGCCAGCGUAUCUUCACCAUCUUCCUCGAAAAUCAGACUGCAAUGCUUGACAUGGAUGUGAUUGCCAUGAGCGGUGGUUCUCGAAUCCCGAUUUAUCUAGAUUUCAGUGUAUACGUGGGUUCUGAAAGUGGUCCCAGACCUGAUCUACGACUUGACUUGCAUCCUUACACGGAUGUUAAUCCAAUGUAUUACGAUGCUAUUCUGAAUGGUGUUGAGAUUCUGAAGCUGAAUGGUUCCGACGGUAGUCUCGCUGGAUCUCAACCAAACCCUCUAGUAUCAUCGGUCCAAACACCAAAUCAUGUAAAGACUUCGAUAAGAAAAGGUGAUUCACAUGUUUUGGUGAUAACUCUUGCAGUGGUUGGUUCUUCAAUUGUCCUAGCGGCGGUGUUGGUUGCUGUCAUUGCCUUGUUGUGUAAGAAGAAGAAAAAGAAAGACUUUCCUUUACAUACAACAAGAAGCAACCCUACGGACUCGUGUUCUCCUCUUACGGCAUUUCUCUGCCGUCGAUUCUCAAUCUUCGAAAUCAAAUACGCCACAAAUGACUUCGACGAGAAGCUAAUAAUUGGAGCAGGCGGGUUCGGUUCGGUGUUCGGUUCGGUGUACAAAGGACGAAUAGACGGCGGAACCACACUUGUGGCGGUUAAACGGUUGGGAAUUUCGUCGAAACAAGGCGCUAAAGAGUUCAAAACAGAGCUUGAGAUGCUCUCAAAGCUCCGUCAUGUGCACCUCGUUUCCUUAAUUGGAUAUUGCUACGAGGAGAACGAGAUGGUGCUUGUCUAUGAGUAUAUGCCACGCGGCACUCUUAAAGACCAUCUUUACAAAAGGAAUAAAGCUGUUGAUCCUCCUUUGUCUUGGAAACGGAGGUUGGAGAUCUGCAUCGGAGCUGCGCGUGCGCUACAAUAUCUUCACACAGGCGCAAAGCACCCGAUCAUACAUCGAGACAUCAAAACAACCAACAUACUUCUUGAUGAGAACUAUGUAGCUAAAGUCUCUGACUUUGGGCUAUCAAAAGUGGGUCCAACUAGUGAAUCUCAAACGCACGUGUCAACGGUCGUUAAAGGAACGUUUGGUUACUUGGAUCCUGAGUACUAUCGCCGUCAAGUGUUAACGGUAAAGUCGGAUGUGUACUCCUUUGGAGUUGUUUUGUUCGAAGUUCUGUGUUGCAGACUGAUCAAUAUCGAAAAUGUUCCACAAGAACAAUCAGAUUUGAUCAGAUGGGUGAAGUCAAAUUAUAUAGGAGGAACUCUCGAUCAGAUCAUUGACCCAGAUCUAGCUGUUGAUAUCACUCUGAUAUCAUUAGAAAAGUUCUGUGAAAUUGCUGUGAGAUGUAUUCAAGAUCGUGGUACUGAAAGGCCACAAAUGAACGAUGUCGUUUGGGGGCUUGAGUUUACGCUUCAGCUUCACGAGGCAGCUCAGAAAAACAACGAGGAAGGGACGAUGAUGGACGCAGAAGAUUUGUUUAGUAAUACUGAUGAUAACUGUGGUCCUGUUGUUGGUGAAGAACCUAAAGCACUGUAGAUUAGUUCGUCCAACACAAUCUCAGUUAUGCGUGUACCUACGUAUUUGCUGAAUUAAAAUCAUUGCUGUGUUUUUAGAAUAGUUAAAGUGAAUAGGCCUAGCCGCCUAGAUGAUCAUAUUAGUAAAGUUGUAACAUUGAUGAUCUCAAAAUGAAAGAUGUAGAUGAGUCAA